GCACAGCAAAAACAGUUUCUUUUAUGGUUUUCCCACCGUUAACGCGGAGCUUCAAACGCUCCCUCCGCAUUCCGGCUUCUCUCCGAUUUCCGGCCUUCCUCUGCCGGAGCUGCCUCACUACUAACUCUUCAAACUAACAGUCCAACUCGUUACUUCGCGCAUCUCGGUUUUCGCUCCGCCACUAUUUGCUCGCCGAGAAAGUUCGAUAAGUUACCGGAAUCAAGCUCAGCUUCUUUCUACUGUUUCCGGUGCCGAAACGACGAGAAGUUUCAGCCUGGUAGUUUCGUCUCGGAUGCCUGAAGAAUAACCACUUCAGUGUGUCUAUUGGAUUCAAGUUCACUGGAGAAUUAAACCGUCUGGCUGCAAAUAUAUUGGUAACUCACAGUUGUUGGUUUCAAUGGAAUAGCAGAUCGGAAAGGAAGUGCAGACAAAACAUAUAUGAUUCUUUCUUGCUGAAGAUCCAUUAUAUCUAAUUUGUGGAUUCAUUCUCACAUUGGCUUCUAGUAAUUCACACACAUGGUAGCUGGGCUUCAUUCCAAUGAAUAAGUUGGAGAUUCCGACUCACAAGCUCUCCUGUAACUUUGAGAUUACCAGAAUGAAGAAAUCCUAUGGUGGUGUUGUGGCUGCAUCUUUAAUUAUGCUGCUAGUCCUCAGAUAUGCCAUCACGAGCUAUCCCAUUGGUGAUAGUUACUUGACCAAUGCAUUCAUUGCAUUGUACUCCAAUUCUACUAAUCCAGUUGGUACUAAUCCUCUUGAAUGGUUGAAUACUGCUCCACCUGCAGUUCAGAACCCAGAGAAUGUUUCUCAAGUGGUAGCUACUGAGAAAAUAGUCUCUAGUCUCUUUGUUCAUAGGAAUCUUUCCAAUGAAGAGCAGCAAACUUUGAACACAUGGAAACUAUUGAAGGACCUAAUUAAUCAAGGUCAGGGUUUGCCUAAUGCUGUUGAUGCUAUAAAGGAAGCUGGAGGUGCGUGGAAUAGCCUUAUGGAUUCAGUUCAAGAGCAACGACUUGGUCAUACUAAUGAAAGUUCAGCAGGGAGAACAAAGCAGUGUCCUCAUUUUCUUAGUAAGAUGAAUGUGACAGAAAUUGAGAAUGGUGGUUACAAGUUGCGUGUUCCUUGUGGCCUCACCCAAGGUUCAUCGAUUACGAUUAUUGGUAUCCCAAAUGGAAUUCUUGGCAACUUCCGGAUCGAUUUGACAGGGGAGCCCCUUCCAGGAGAACCUGAACCACCCAUUAUAUUGCAUUACAAUAUUAGGCUGAACGGUGAUAAGCUGACUGAGGACCCUGUAAUUGUCCAAAAUAGCUGGACUAUUGCUCAUGAUUGGGGUGACGAAGAGCGUUGCCCGUCUCCCACUCCCGAAAAGAACAAGAAAGUGGAUGAGUUGGACAACUGCAACAAGAUAGUUGGAAAGAUUGGAGAGCAGAAAAUACGUUCCAAUGUCUCAAGACAGUUUUCAGUACAAGAUGGAUCAAAGCCCAGAAAAUACUUUCCUUUUAAGCAAGGCUAUCCAUUUGUCGCUACACUUAGAGUUGGCUCAGAAGGAAUUCAAAUGACAGUUGAUGGGAAGCAUAUAACAUCCUUUGCCAUCCGCGAAACUUUGGAGUCAUGGCUUGUUAGCGAAGUAAGGAUAUCUGGUGACUUGCAAUUAAUUUCUAUCCUAGCCAGUGGUUUACCAACGUCAGAGGAUUCAGAGCAUAUUGUCAAUCUAGAAGAACUAAAAUCCGCUCCACUCUCUCUACACAAACAAUUGGAUCUCUUCGUUGGUGUUUUCUCUACCGCAAACAAUUUUAAACGAAGGAUGGCUGUUCGAAGAACAUGGAUGCAGUAUGCCCCAGUAAAAUCAGGGGCAGCUUCGGUGCGCUUUUUUGUUGGCCUGCAUAAAAACCAGAUAGUGAAUGAGGAACUCUGGAAUGAGGCGCAGACCUAUGGGGACAUUCAAUUGAUGCCUUUCGUUGAUUACUAUGGCCUCAUCACAUGGAAAACUUUGGCCACCUGUAUCUAUGGGACAGAGGUUGUUUCGGCAAAGUUUGUCAUGAAGACUGAUGAUGACGCAUUUGUCCGUGUGGAUGAAGUGCUAGCUUCCUUAAAUAGGAUCAAGGUGACUAGUGGCUUGCUUUAUGGACUCAUUGACUCAGAUUCCCGACCUGAUCGAAAUCCAGCAGGCAAGUGGUACAUCAGUCCUGAGGAAUGGCGAGAAGAAAAUUACCCACCUUGGGCACAUGGUCCUGGCUAUGUUGUGUCAAGUGACAUUGCGAAGGCAGUUUCCCAGCGGUACAAAAAACGAAGUUUAAAGAUGUUUAAGCUAGAAGAUGUGGCCAUGGGCAUCUGGGUUGCAGAAAUGAAAAAGGAUGGUUUAAAAGUAAGGUAUGAGAAGGAAGAUAAAGUCUACAACGAGGGUUGCAAAGAUGGUUACAUUGUUGCACAUUACCAAGGUCCAAGGGAGAUGCUUUGUCUCUGGCAGAAAAUUAAAGAAGGACAAGUUGCUAAAUGCUGUGGGGGUGAGAUAUAGAAAAGAUUAUCAGACAUUUGAUUGGUUUUCUAAAGCUUCAUCCAAGUUGAAGAGAAAAAUCUUGGUCACCCCAUCUUUUUGUAGAGAGUAGUUGAGCAAGAUUGAGGGAAGACGAGAAGAUUACACUAACCUAAGAGGAGCUAUGGUUAGCAACUGGCCGAUCGAUUUUUGUAUAGUAACACUAUAUAGUGAUGCCUUAGGGUAAGCAUUCAACUUAGUAUGAGCGUCAGAGUUCUGAGUGUAUAGAAUCAGCUAGCAUAAUCCGCACCUAUAUUAGGUUAUUCCUAGAAUGAGUAGAAUCC